UGGGCAGGCCCAUUAAUAUCCUUUUCAAGCAGGUUUAAGUAUGGGUUGAAUUUUGCCACCAUAUGUAUAUAGGGCCAGCACAGCGCCAAUAUAUUUCAGCAAUUCGCAGAUCGGCCCAUAUAUCGGUAGAGACUAGAGAGUGGGAGAGGGGAAGAGAGAGAAGAUGAACCACGGCCAGCAAUCGAACGAAGGCAGACACGACGACGAUACUGCGCUCUCCGAUUUUCUCGCGUCCUUGAUGGACUACACCCCUACUAUUCCUGACGAAUUGGUAGAGCAUUACUUGGCCAAAAGCGGAUUCCAAUGUCCCGAUGUUCGACUAAUUAGGUUGGUAUCUGUUGCUACUCAGAAAUUUAUUGCAGAGGUUGCAAGUGAUGCUCUUCAGCAAUGCAAGGCAAGGCAGUCAGCAGUAGUCAAGGACAAAAGAGAUAAGCAGCAAAAGGAUAAACGCCUAAUUUUGACAAUGGAGGACCUUUCUAAGGCCCUGCAAGAGUAUGGCGUCAAUGUGAAACAUCAAGAGUAUUAUGCUGAUAGCCCUUCAGCUGGGUUGGAUCCUGCUUCAACAGAGGAAUGAACUGGGUUUGUGUCUGUAAAACAAAUUCUUCAUGGCUGUUUACCAUGUUCUAGUCAACUUAUGUUUUGGUAUGGCUAUGAAAACAUUGCUACUAGGGUGGUUAUGCUUAAUUGAUUACUCCUAUCUUUGUUUGCUUUGGAGGUUGUAAAUCAAGGCAUUUAUCAUGUACAUUCACACCUAUACUUGUGUACGUGAAUUAUAUUCUUAAUUCAGGUUCUUAUUUUUAAGGUA